GCCCACAGGCGCUACAAAGCGCCGCUCCCGGCGUCUUGCCCGUGGUUCUGCAGAGCCCGGCGUUCGGCAGCGGAGGGCCCGUACGGCUCGGGCUUUCCGACUUCAGCCACAGUGCUGGCUAAGUCGGGGUCGGCGGCGCGGGGCGCGGAGCCCGGCAUGGCGCGGGGCGCGGAGCGGCGGCGCUGCGGGUCCGUGGGUGCCUACUUCACCUCCGCCAAGUUCCUGCUGUACCUGGGCCACGCGCUGUCCACCUGGGGAGAUCGUAUGUGGCAUUUUGCUGUGUCUGUGUUCCUGGUUGAACUUUAUGGAAACAGCUUACUCCUGACUGCAGUCUAUGGACUGGUUGUGGCGGGAUCAGUUCUUCUCCUGGGAGCCAUUAUUGGAGACUGGGUGGACAAGAACUCCAGGCUCAAAGUGGCCCAGACAUCUUUGAUUGUACAGAAUGCAUCUGUCAUCUUGUGUGGUAUUAUCCUGAUGAUUGUCUUCUUGUUUAAGACACAGCUUUUGACCUUAUACCAUGGAUGGCUUCUUACGGUGUGCUAUAUCCUGGUUAUCACAAUAGCAAAUAUUGCCAAUUUGGCCAGCACUGCCACAGCGAUCACAAUUCAGAGGGACUGGAUUGUUGUGGUUGCAGGGGAAGACAGAAGCAAACUGGCAGAUAUGAAUGCCACAAUAAGAAGAAUUGAUCAGUUGACCAAUAUCUUGGCCCCAAUGGCAGUUGGUCAGAUAAUGACAUUUGGCUCCCCGAUGAUUGGCUGUGGAUUCAUUUCUGGCUGGAACUUGAUGUCAAUGUGUGUGGAAUAUCUGCUGCUCUGGAAGGUUUAUCAGAAAACCCCUACUCUGGCUCUGAAAUCUGCAAAAGUUGAAGAAUCGGAACUGAAACAGCUGAAUGUAAAGAAAGAGAGUGACAUGAAACCCUCUGAAGGAGUGCAGUUAAUUGUUGAGAAAGAUGUAACUGGCUUUGAGCCCCAGCAGGAGAAGGAAGCCAGCUGCACUGCCCGGAUUGCUGAGCCUUUCACCACGUUUCGUGAUGGAUGGGUUGCAUACUACAACCAGCCAGUGUUUCUUGCAGGCAUGGGUCUUGCAUUUCUGUAUAUGACUGUUCUGGGCUUUGAUUGUAUUACUACAGGCUAUGCAUACACUCAGGGUCUGAGUGGCUCUCUGCUAAGCCUUCUAAUGGGUGCCUCAGCAGUCACUGGAAUCAUGGGAACAGUAGCUUUCACUUGGCUUCGUCGCAAGUGUGGCCUGGUUCGUACGGGCCUUAUUUCUGGAGUUGCUCAGUUUGCUUGCUUGGUCUUAUGUGCCAUCUCUGUGUUCAUGCCUGGAAGUCCUAUGGAUUUAACUGUCUCCCCGUUUGCUGACAUCAGUGCCAGGCUGUUCGAAAGUGAACCGUUGCCUACUAUAGCAUCUCCAGAAGAUAAGCCUGAGAUGGCUUUAGCAACUGGAAUGCCCAACUUGUUAAACGGGUCUUCUACUCCUGCUAACAGCGACCCAGAGAUGAGUCCUGAGCCUGUGCCUUUAAUCUCUGUUAGUCUCCUGUUUGCAGGAGUCAUUGCUGCUAGAGUUGGCCUUUGGUCCUUUGAUUUGACUGUCACACAGUUGCUCCAAGAAAAUGUGGCAGAAUCUGAAAGAGGCAUCAUAAACGGUGUUCAAAACUCCAUGAAUUAUCUUCUUGAUUUGCUGCACUUCAUCAUGGUCAUCUUGGCCCCGAACCCUGAAUCUUUUGGCUUAUUGGUGCUUAUUUCUGUGUCUUUUGUUGCAAUGGGCCACAUAAUGUACUUCAGAUUUGCCCAAAAAAGCCUGGGAAAACAGCUUUUUGUUUGUUGCACUCCUGAUUCCAAAGCUGUCUCUGACAGUUCACCACCUGGUAACACAUCUACUGUCUGAAAGGAUCCAUUUCUCUUACUAACUUGCUACAAAAAUAUGGCUAAACGCAUAUGCUACCUUUUGUGACCCUGCCUAGGGUGUUUCUCUAGAGUUGAAUGCAUAACAUAGCUGUUACAGGAUGCUGUCCUAAGAGAGCUAAAAUUUGUCUUACAGCAACCCUGUAAAAAUGUUCCAGUUUUGGCAGAGGACAGCCUGGUUGGAUCUUGAUAGCUGGUAUUUCAAAGGAACCCCUAAAUUCAUACAACUAGUACUUGAUCACAGAAAUAAUUUUGAAUUUCUGUUGCUGACCCCCUCAGUGAUAGUGUUUAGUGGUUAUACACACUCAAUUUGUUCAUGAAUUCUGAACAAUUCUUGUGCUUAUUGAAUAAAACCGGAGGGGGUUUUUAGUUGCUUCAAGAUAACUUGAUUUAUUGUGUUCAGUUCUGUGUUUUUUCUGUGUUUCUAAUACAUGAACAGUUCUGCUCCCCUAUAUUUUCAAACUUUAUAAACAUCCUUCGUGGAUUCCUGAAGCAGACUCUUAAGUUCAGAUGUUUUCCCAAAAUACCUUUUUAGUAUUCUAUCUGUUUUGGUUUAACUUUACAGAAACACCCUUGGUUAUUUUUUUGAGUGUUUCCUUACAAAUUAGAUGAGUGUUAGGUACAAGAUAUUGUAUUACACUGUUGCACUUCAUAAAGUAAAACAUAUUUUCAUUUUAGCAGAUGCUAUUGAUGUAACAUUAUAAAGCAUGGCUUUUUUUUAAUUGCAGAUGCUGGGUCUGGUUGGGUUUGUAGCAGAAAGUGCUAAGGUCAGGAAUACUGGUACAAAAAAAGUCUUGGGCAACUUAGUUUUUGCCUCAGAGUACAAGCAGCUUUAGUUUAUUUUCAAACGCUGUUGUUUUCAGAAACCCUAUUAAACCCUGAUGUACUGGAAAAUUGUGUUCCAGUCAAAAGUAAAAAAGCAGAUUACUUGCAUUUAUCUUUUUUACAUGUAUGUGAAUUUUGAAUUAGUUUGUUCUAAAAUACCGCUAAAGCAGCAUGAAGCUGGACUGUGGCUCUCUAAAGCAACUUCAAAGCAAUGAAGAAUGAUAUAUUCCUCUGAUUUUCAACAAGUUCUUGCAUUUUUUUUACUCUGCGCAUGUACUAACACAGUAUUUCCAUAUUCAUUAACUGUAUGUGCACAUCUGUGGAAACUACUCUAUGCACUUUGCUUUCUCAGUAGAGUUGAAGCCGGUGGUGUUCUGAAUUUUCCUAUGGCAUGAUAGGGUGACUUCUAAACUUAAAUCUUUGUAAAAUGUUUGUUUGCAAAAUAAGUAUGCAAAAGCAUGCGUCAGUAACUUGAGAAAAGUAUCCUCUAAAACUUGUAAGGUUUUUAAUUUUAGGUACUGUCCUUCAAACAGUCAUCUAUGUUGCCAGAUUUCAGCCCUGCAAUGUAAGUGUGUGAACUCCAUUGAUGUUAAAGGCGUUAAACCAGAGCUGAAUCUAGGCUAUUAAUUUUAAAAUUUGUAAUGAUUAUAUUGUAUAUCAAACUAAAUAGGAUGUAAAAAAAAAAAAACACCAAAAAAAACCCAAAAAAAAAGCCCCAAACCAAACAACAAACCACAAACCUCUACUGGAUUUUGUCUCAGAUACAGUAUUUUGUAAGAAGAGUGAAAGUGAAUGAAUGAGAAUCAUUUGUACAACCCAUGUACCUGUAGCCCUCAGUAUUCCAUAACUGAAUGUAACAAUUUUUCUCCUUUAAUGGACCAAAACUAAUCAAUGUUGCUAAGUUACUGAAAGUUUCUCAGGGAUGUUUUCACUAGAUUUCUAAGUGUUUAUACUUUGACCAAGCUUUUGGGUGGUUUUUUUUUUUUUUUUGAUACAAUAAAGUAAAAUAUGUGAAUUAGAGUAGCUUAAAACUUGUGACUCAGUCCUGAGUAACUUUUAAGGAAAAGGGAAUUUUGCCAUCAGCAGAAUUUAAAAGUCAGAAGACAAUAAAACUUGCCUAGAUUUGUAGAGCAAAUAUGUCCAAAGAAUAGUAUAUACAGUACAAGCACACUAGUAAAUAAAAUACCUCUGAUUUGCCAAAUAUAUUUUCUCAUGUGUAUCUAAUCUAAAUUGGGACCAUACUCUAAUAUUGCUUAGUAUAAAUAAAGGUAGCCCAAAUGCUAGUGAGUACCUCUAUACUGCACUUUGAGCAUCUGAAUGCCACUGUAUAUAUUGGACUCCCUGGCCAUCAGGGAAAUACCUGGAAAUGUGGCUGCUUGUGGUCUGCUUAAAGCCUGCAGUGUGCCUAAAGACAUCCCAGAGAGGAUAUACUCCUGAAGUCUAGAGAGCUCCAGAAACCAACCUAACAGAGCUGGAAAUAUACCACAUUCCCAUCUGUCCCCAGAGUAUUUUUUUUCAAGAGUAAUGUAGUCUUAUUUGAGUUGAGUAGCAAUUUGUUUUGUGAAUAGUUCCACUAGAUAGCACAGUCUGGAUCUCAAGCCAAUAAAAGUAGUCUUAGGAGUGUCUUUUGUGCACGUAAUGUUGCUGGAAGGCAAGACAAUCUCAAAAGAAAAAAGAAAGGUGGAUGGUAGCUUUAAGAGGAAAAAGGAGGUCUAAUUUGGAAAUCUAGUAUGUAUUGAUCUGAAUUGAAUGGCAAAAAAUGUAUGCUGCUUGAGCACAACCCAUAUGUGUAUGUCUAGGAUGUAUGCAGAAACCUGUACUGAUUAGUGCUUUGAAGCAAUGUGGAGCCUGAAGUCUUUCUUAGCAGGACUUUCAUUAGGUGAGCAUUUUUUGGCCUUGUAUUUAUUUAUUAUUUUUAAAUGUGUCCAAUUUGGAUGAAAACUGCCCUUAAAAUGUACACACUAGAAAUCAAUCUUACCAGAAUAGCAUAUUUUAUUUUACAACUUUAUGCUGGACAUGGUAUUGAUUUAUGUAUUACUAUUGUUAAAACUGAUUAAUAAAUUUGCGUAAAAAACC